AUGUCUUGCAGUUCAGUUGUGUGCGGAGUCUUUGUUGUUCUUACCCCCACAAAGUGCAAUAAUUGCGCCUUGCGUGCAUUCCUCCAAGUAGAUGGUGGGAAAAACCAACAAGAGUUUGAGGAGCAGGAUCAGGAAGCACAUGUCCUUGAAGCGCCUCCUCUACCUGUGUCACCUCAGAUAUUCAGACAGGAGGCUUCAGCAGAAGCAGGCUGCAAGGUUACAAAGAAGACAAAAGGGACAGCCAAAGCAGUGGCAAGGAUUGUGGAUGAGAAGAAGCGCUUCAAAAUCAAGUGGCGUGGUUAUCAGGCGCAAAUUGUCAAGAGCGUCCCGCGUGCGAAGGAAAUAGCGACGAAGU